AUGGCUUUUGAGGACCCCGAGCUGGAAGAUACGUGCCUCGGUUUGGAGAAAGAGCCAAAACUGGCCUAUGAGGCAGGCGCAGCACCCGCUAGUCCUAGCUGGGACGCUGAGCCGAGCAGUCACGAGAUCGGCGCUAUCGAUACCAUCGAUACCAUCGAUACGGUAUUGAUACGCCCUCUGGCCCGGGAGUUUGCCCUGGAGCUGGCUUCCGAGCACACGUCACGAAGUAUUAUCUUUUAG